GCCGUAAGAGCAGGCAGGCUUUACGCACGGAGAACAGGGAGACGAGCGGGUGGCGGGAAUCUCACUAACAGACGCUUGUCUGUCGCACCUUGCACACAGCCGUUGUUUAUAAAACUUGCGCAGUCACAUUUUCCCGCAGCCAUGUUCGAGGCUCGCCUGGUGCAGGGAUCGAUCCUGAAGAAGGUGCUGGAGGCACUGAAAGAUCUGAUCGAUGAGGCCUGCUGGGACAUCACGUCUAGCGGGAUCAGCCUGCAGAGCAUGGACUCAUCCCACGUCUCCCUGGUCCAGCUCACACUCCGCUCGGACGGAUUUGACACUUACCGCUGCGACCGCAACCAGUCCAUCGGAGUCAAGAUGAGCAGUAUGUCAAAAAUCUUGAAGUGUGCUGCAAGUGAGGACAUAAUUACCCUUAGGGCAGAAGACAAUGCAGACACAGUCACGAUGGUUUUUGAGUCUCCAAAUCAAGAAAAAGUUUCUGACUAUGAGAUGAAGCUAAUGGAUCUGGAUGUUGAGCAGCUGGGAAUCCCUGAGCAAGAGUACAGUUGUGUUAUAAAGAUGCCAUCUGGGGAGUUUGCCCGCAUCUGCCGAGAUCUCAGUCAGAUCGGUGAUGCUGUUGUCAUCUCCUGUGCUAAAGAUGGCGUCAAGUUCUCUGCCAGCGGAGAGCUGGGGACUGGAAAUGUUAAGCUGUCGCAGACCUCAAAUGUGGAUAAAGAGGAGGAAGCUGUCACCAUAGAGAUGAAUGAGCCCGUCCAGCUUACAUUUGCUUUGAGGUACCUGAAUUUCUUCACCAAAGCGACUCCCCUGUCCCCUACAGUAACGCUCAGUAUGUCAGCAGAUAUCCCGCUAGUCGUGGAGUACAAAAUCGCAGAUAUGGGUCAUGUGAAAUACUACCUGGCUCCCAAGAUAGAGGACGAGGAAGCUUCUUAAUCUGUUUUUAUGUGAGAAUGUUACCCAAAAAACGCAACAGCUCUUCUUGGUGACUGCCUCCUGGAUACAGCAGCAUCUUGUUACCGGCAGCAACUGCACCACUAACUGCUGGCUGGCUGUUUUCUAGGCAUGUCUGUAGAUAUUUAUGUAAAUACUUUACAAUCUUUGUAAAACCUGCCCUAUGGAGUCAAUAAAUCUUUGUAAAAAUGU